UUACACUGAAAUGUGAGAGAACAAGCAAUUAGGCCGUCGUGAGGGGUGCAGGUGAUCCGUGCCUACUGCAGCUACGCGACGCAAAACUCAAUGCGUACGUUGCUUUGUGUUCGCAACCUAAGCUAGCUGAUUCCUGGACUGAAUUCAAAUGUAAGAAUAGUCACAAUUGGGUAGAACAGUGUUCCAUUGCGCAUCAUCAUCUUAACCAGAAGGACUGCAUGACUGAGGAUUCACAAAAAUGACCAGUAAUCUAAAGCUUCAUUGGAAGUGCAUAUAUGGCACGGUGAUCUUCCUUUCUGUUGGUUUACCCGCGCCAUCAGAUGCAAUGGAAAUGACACAAACCUGCUGCAAGAACGUGUUUGGACUCAACUACACCUUACCAAUGUUCAACGAGUGUCAAAAGAAGCAAAACACCAACGGCAGUAUGGUACAGAUGAUUCCAAAGCUCAUCACUGCUCCGAUGGCGGCUAACGGUUGCCCUAGACGAAAAGGAAAAUUAGGAAUUCCUCCCGGAUACAGAACAUGCAAAUUUCCUGAUUGUGACAAGAAGCUUUGUGAAAACGGCUGGUGCGAGGAGACUAUGGAAAGCUAUCUAUGCCACUGUUCACCUGGUUUUCAAGGGAAACAUUGCAAUGAGCAAGCACCCUCAGUUAUUACUGACUUCACGGACAUGUCUACAAUCAUACCGGCCGAAAUGACGCAAGUCUCCGCCACGGACGUUCCUAUCUUCCCACGUGACUGUGCUGAGAUACAGACUGGUGGACUAUCCAAUCUCAGUGGAGUGUAUCCCAUCUAUCCCGAUGGAGUUGGUGAUGAUCCUCUCUUCGUUUACUGUGAUAUGGAAACGGACGGUGGCCGCUGGACGGUCUUCCAGCGUAGACAAGAUGGUUCUGUUGACUUCUCUCUCUCCUGGUCCGAAUACAAGCACGGUUUUGGAAACGUUUCCACCGAGCACUGGCUCGGUAACGACAACAUCCACCGUCUUUCCCGUAAUAAGACCUACGAGCUACGGAUCGACCUCGAAGACUUCGAGGGACAAACGCGCUACGCCACCUACAGCGAUUUCAAUAUUGCAAACGAGACCGCAAAUUACAUCCUGGCAUUUGGCAACUAUUUCGGAGACGCAGGUGACAGUUUGCGGUAUCAGUAUUAUUAUCCGUUCACUACAUGGGACCGCGAUAAUGAUUUCUAUGAGGGAAACUGCGCCUCUUAUUAUCAAGGAGGCUGGUGGUACCAUUUUUGCCAUUAUGCUAACCUCAACGGCCAAUACCUGAAAGGUCCAACGGGGAGCUACAACAUGGGUGUGGUAUGGGAUGGCUGGCGCGGUCUUUCAUACUCCCUCAAGAAGACGGAGAUGAAGCUUCGCCCGACGUAAUUAAAUAACAAAGGACCCCUCUGGACAACCUCCCUAGAUCUAAGCAGGUGUCGGUUUUACGCGGGGUUUCGUAAGCACAAUUAAGAGCACCGCACUUUACAUUUUGUAUUUUAUCACACACAGCUUCUCAGCUUUUUUCACUUUGAAAAGGACCCCCUUAAAACAGUGUUACUCAUUUAAGUAUCAGUUUAAAAUAAAGGGAGUAAUUUUACGCCGUGUUGCUGUAAUUAAAGUAGAUAUUCAUUGAUUUUAAAAACUAACUUUAUUUUCAUUAUUGCAAAGUUGAAACUUUGAU